AUGUUGAAAGCGUCGAAUUCCAAAUUGUUCUCUUUAACUAAAUAUCCUAUAAUCCGAUUUAAGCCCUCAUCCACAUUAAAUUGCUCAAAUCGUUCAGUUUCUUUAUUUCCAAACGCCCUAUCAAGUCCGAUCAAACUAAUAUCACUUCGUUCAUUAAGCGUACCAUCUUCUCCACCACCACAUGUAUCACCUUCAUUACCCUCGAGGCCAAAAUUCUUCUUGCAAAAAGGCAUUGACAUCAAGAAGGAGAUACCCGAUAUCCUUAAUAUAAAGGAAGAAGCGCAAGAAGAAGAGGUGUUGAAUGAAAAAAAAUCGUUACGAGAAAAGGUUAUAACACUUUCUCAACAAGAUAAACUGGAAGAAGCUGUUCAAUUGGUUUUAGAAUCAAGGAUCAAUGAUCAAUCCGAAGUCAGUUGGAACCAGUUGAUCGUUGAGUGUGUUGAUAAAGGUAGAGUGAAAUUGGGAAUCAGGCUUUUAAAUGAGAUGAAAAGAUUUUCUUUGCAACCCAGUCAAAACACAUACACACUGCUACUCAACGGAUUGGCAGAAUACCGUGCACUGCCCGAUAACAUAUUACACGCAAGAGCAAUAAUCGAUAGUAUAAGGAGGGCAAGUCGAACAAAAUCAACUUUCAAGCUGACAGUGGGACAUGCGAAUGCUCUUUUAAAAGUUUGUUUUCGCACAAAUGAAUUUCAAGCAUUGCUAGAUAACUACGAUGCACUUUUCUAUCAAGGAGGUACUGCGCUGGCUCCAAACAGGGAAACACACACAAUAGUCCUGUCGGCCUGCGCGAAAAAUUGUAAGAGAUAUUCGGACAAAGCUUAUGAACUGGCAGUAAGCAUAUGGGAGUCUCUCUAUGAGAAAGCGAUGGUUUCGGUAAGAAAGCCCGCAAGGAGAGCUGCGGAACAGGAAGAUGUGAUUGAUGAUGACCUAGUGUGUAACGUUCUUCUCACUUUCAGAAACUCGGGAGAGGUCGAAAAAGGAUUUGAGGUUAUCAAGGACAUUUAUGGAAUUGGCGAUGACACCAUCAGAACUCGUCCCUACGAUAUACAAAUGACAUCUAAAUCACUGGACAUUAUGUUGGGCUUGUGUUUCAAAUCACAACAACCGAAACUAGGAAUCAACCUAUUCAAUGAAGCUAAGAUGAGAUUUCCGAAUCUUCAACCAGACAUACAAAAUUUCAACAGUUUAAUAUCACUUUACAAUGAAUCCGGGAAAUGUGACGAAGCGAUCGGUAUCUUUAAACAAAUUCUUGAUUUAGGACUCCAACCUAUAGACAUGACAUUUGAUUUGCUCAUGGUAUCUUGUAAAAAUGCAAAAAACUUGGACGCGGUGAAGGAAAUCUUUGGUAUUAUAAUUAAACACCGAGUUAUUCCUAAAACGACUGCACUUACAAAGAUCCUCGAGAUUACCAUGGAGUCGGAUCCAAGUGUUUUGACGAGAGAAGUACGUUGGAUACUAAACAAAAUUGACCAGAUUGGACUUAAGGAUCCAUUAUCGCUCGUGAAGACUGCCACGAUGCAUGGUAUUUCGAAACUUCCGUUCAAAAUUGAUGAUGCCGUUUUUCUGCGAACAAUCAUAAACGCUUACGGGGUGGCCUUGGAUAAAUCAGGUGGAAAACUACCUGACCACACAGAAGAACGUUGGAAAAAUAAUUUAAAGUUUUAUAAGAAUAGACUCUGGGAUUUGAAUCAAAAGCAAGCACAAAUAGAACGUUCUAGAAUGCAAAAGGAAAGGGAGAGGCUACAUAAGAAGGAACUGGGAAGUAGGCUGGAUCAAAAUGAAAGGGAAAUAUCCAAACCAAAGGGAUCUGAAAAUAUAGAUAAUAGGUACGGAGAGGAGAGAUUACGACCACGGAAACCAGCCGAAUCAAAGAAAACCAAUUGGUUAGAAGACGACGAAACUAUUAUUGUAGAUGAUGAUUAUAGACCAAGGGAUCGAGAAGCGCGUAAGCUGUCAGGUAGGCGCGGAGACUUUGAUGAUGAUGAAAAUUAUCGUGGUAGAGAAUUAUAUCAAAGACCGAGACUUUCUCGUGAUGAUCAAUUUCAACAUGAGUCACCUGGAAGAAAUGAAAAUGAAGAGCGAAGAGAUCAGAAAUCACAGUUUCAAUCAUUCAAAAAUAAUGAUUAUUCAUCUCGUCUGAAUAAUCGCCAUGAAUCGUCUUCACGGCAUUCAAGAGAUGAAUUCAGAGACGGAAGGGAUAGGGAUAGGGAGUGGUCUUCACGGGGCUCAGAUUCGAGAAUGUCGAGAGACCGUAAUACGCCAAUCGUAAAUCCAAGAAGUGGAUUCAAGAAAGAACGGAAGUUCGAAUCGCCAUAUGACGCUGGAAAGAAAAUCUUUUCAGUUUAA